CGUCGGAGUCCGACCCCAGUUGCAUCAGCUGAGGAGCAGAGCGCCGGUCCGACUCCGAAGCGAGCAUGAAGCUGUUCCUCAGCGAAGGCAGUCCCGGGGCGCUGAAGGUGCUGGCGGCUGCCGAAGCCACCGGCGCCCUUGCGGAGCUGAAGUGGGUCCCUCAGGAGGCUCAUGUAGUCCCAUUCCUCACCCGCUCACAGCUGCCAGCUCUGCACUUGGAAAAAGAGUCUUUCCUCUUCUCCACAAAUACGAUUUGCCAGUACUUCUUCCAUUUAUCCGGAAAAGAAAUUCGUGGCUUUGGCCAGGAUGAGAGCAAUUUUUCCAAUCAGUUGUUUGAGUGGGAUGCAACUGAGCUGGAGCCUGCUUUGUCUGCAGCCUUGUAUCUUCAUUUGGUGCAUGGAAAGAAAGGAGAGGAGGUUUUGGAAACUAUUCAGAAACCACUGAACUACAUCGACCAGACCCUUGUCAAAAGGGGUACUCCUUAUCUUACCGGGGAUGCUGAGUCAGCUGUUGAUGUCGUCUUGUGGGGCGCCCUGUUCCCUCUGUUAAGGGACGGAUCCUUCCUGCCAGAUGAGUUAAAAGCCUUGAGGAGAUGGUUCCAGAACAUGAACCAGAAGGAGUACUGCAAGAAGGCUGUUGAAUCUGUAUGGACGCCCAAAGGAUUGCUGGAGCUGAAGGCUUAUUUGCAGAAGCACCCUGCUCCCAACCAGGCUUUUGAGAAGCCAGCUACUAAUGAGCUGAAGGAAGAGGAAUCUGCUCAGAGGUCUCUGUCUGAGGAGGAGAUUGCAACAAUUGCAGAAGUCUGGGUCAGAGGGCCAGCUGGCCUCCCCAAACCUUGGAAGCCACAGCAGCCUAUACUUCCUGUGGAAGGCAUGAAGAACGUGCUGAUCACUAGUGCCCUGCCCUAUGUCAACAACGUGCCUCACCUUGGGAAUAUCAUUGGCUGUGUCCUCAGUGCUGAUACUUUUGCCAGGUACUGUCGUUUGCGCAACUGGAACACACUGUACCUGUGCGGUACUGAUGAGUAUGGCACUGCCACAGAGACAAAGGCCAUGGAGGAGGGGCUGACACCGCAGCAAAUCUGUGAUAAGUACUACACUGUCCAUGCCCAGAUCUACCAGUGGUUCAAAAUCUCCUUUGACUACUUUGGCCGCACCACCACACCCCAUCAGACCAAGAUAGCUCAGGGCAUUUUCCAGAAGCUGCUGGAGCGCAAUUACCUUCUGACAGAGACAGUGGAUCAACUGAAGUGUGAGAACUGUGCACGGUUCCUGGCUGACCGCUUUGUGGAAGGCAUCUGCCCCUUCUGCAACUAUGAAGAGGCCCGUGGGGACCAGUGCGACAAAUGUGGCAAACUGAUCAAUGCCACUGAACUUAAGAAACCAGUUUGCAAAGUCUGCCAAGCGACCCCUGUGGUGAAAUCCUCCCAGCACCUGUUUCUGGACCUGCCCAAGCUAGAAGAGAGCCUGGAAAACUGGCUGUCUGUCUCUCAGUCCACUGGGGACUGGACCCCCAAUGCAAGAUAUAUCAGCCGUUCCUGGAUCCGAGAUGGGCUCAAGCCACGUUGCAUUACUCGUGACCUGAAGUGGGGCACGCCAGUCCCUUUGGAUGACUUCCGUGACAAGGUGUUCUACGUCUGGUUUGAUGCCCCCAUUGGCUACCUGUCCAUUGCAGCCAAUUACACUGACCAAUGGGAGAAAUGGUGGAAGAACCCAGAACAGGUUCAGCUUUAUAACUUCAUGGCCAAGGACAACGUCCCCUUCCAUAGUGUUGUGUUUCCCUGUUCGUUGCUGGGUACUGGGGAUAGAUACACGCUCGUCAACCAUCUUAUUGCAACAGAGUACUUGAACUACGAGGAUGGCAAAUUCUCCAAGAGUCGUGGUGUGGGGGUCUUUGGGGAUAUGGCCAAAGACACAGGCAUCCCUGCAGACAUCUGGCGCUUCUACUUGCUCUACUUGCGGCCUGAGAGCCAGGAUAGUGCCUUCUCUUGGAAUGAUCUCAUGCUUAAAAACAAUUCAGAGCUUCUCAACACCCUUGGCAACUUCAUCAACAGAGCUGGGUCCUUUGUGUGCAAAUUCUUUGGGGGACACGUCCCUACCAUGGAGCUGAGUCAGGAUGACAAAUGUCUGUUGGUUCACAUCACUCUGGAGCUGCGCCAAUACAACCAAUUGUUGGAGAAGGUCAAGAUCCGUGAUGCUCUGCGCAGUAUCCUAAACAUUGCUCGCCUUGGCAACCAGUAUCUCCAGGUCAAUGAACCCUGGAAACGGAUCAAGGGCAGCGAGGCUGACAAGAAGCAAGCAAGCACAGUGAUAGGGGUAGCCGUCAACAUUGCAUCCCUGAUAUCGGUUAUCCUGCAACCGUACAUGCCCAGUGUGAGUGCCGCAAUCCAAGAACAGCUGUGCAUUCCUGCUGACUACAGCGUAGUGACCAACGACUUUGUCUGCACCUUGCCUGCUGGGCAUCAGAUUGGCACGGUGACACCUCUAUUCCAGAAGCUGGAGACAGAACAAAUUGAAAACCUGCGGAAGCGCUUUGGUGGUGGCCAGUUUGAAGACUUCCCUCUGAAUUUGAAGCAAAAAGUUGUAAAAGGUGAGCAGGCAGUAGGAGCAAAGGAGCUUCAGGAAGAAGUAGCCAAACAGGAUAACUACGUGCAGCAGCUGAAGGCUCAGAAUGCUGAGAAGAAGCAGGUUGAUGCUGCAGUCUCAAAAUUAGCAGAACUACAGAAGCAGCUCAACCUGGCUGAGGGAAAAGCCAAAAAGAGAAAGUGAAUUGUCAGGCAGGCAGCAUCUCCUGCCCAGACACUUGGCUCAUUGUAUUUCAGCAAUGGGGGAGUUUCUCACUUUUUCACAAUGUUAAAUUAUUUUGCUGUAGCCCCUUUUCCUAUUUUGUAAUCACAUUUAUGAAAAAAUCAGAAUCCUUUGAAGUGUUUUGAUUAUAUGGUGAGAAAUAAAUAUUUUAUUGGUUAAAUA